AGUAACAAACAAAAGAGCAAUGGAACAAGAUUGUGGUGUUUUUGCAGCAGAUUGUGUUAUUCUCUGUUGUUGCUGCGAGUGCUUUAUGCUACAAUUCUUUAUCUUUGUCUUCUUCAAGAUCCCUCGUAAAGUUGCUCAGAAGAUGAAGAGGUUUGUGAUCAGGAGGCUCCGAGGAAAGAAGAGAAGAGAGGCAAAAAGCUUCCUACCUACUACAAAGGAGGAGGAUUGCAGAGAGGAGGAGGAGCAUGUUUCUGGUGAUGGCUCGAGAUUUAGUUGUAUGGAAGAUAUUGAGAAGAUGCUGCAAGAAUUUUCCAUGGAGGGAGAGUUUGUGUUUGGUAUGAAAAUAGCUGAAGACAGAGAUCAUUCCUUGGAUCAUUGCUCAUUGCACAAGAUGUCUUAUUGCGUUAAGAGGACU